AUGGCAACAGGAGUUAGGAUCGCAAUGUUCCUAUUCUUGGCCUUCAGCUCAGCAGUAGCCCAAAAUGUAACAGAAAGCAAAGUACAAGAAUUCCAUGUAGGGGUGGUACUUGAUUUGGGGACAACAGUUGGGAAGGUAGCACAUACCAGCAUUUCAAUUGCUGUCGAGGAUUUCUAUGCGAUCCAUCCGAACUACACCACACGGCUCGUCCUCCACGUCAGGGACUCCAUGAGUGAUGAUGUCCAAGCUGCAUCUGCAGUUCUUGACUUGCUGGAGAACUACAAUGUCCAAGCUAUUAUUGGCCCACAGAAAUCUUCUCAAGCUGUUUUUGUAUCAGCUCUCGGGAAUAAGCAUCAACUCCCAAUUAUAUCAUUCACAGCAACAAGCACAUCUUUAUCUUCCCCUGGUCUUCCAUAUUUUGUGCAAGCAACAUCACGUGACUCUGCACAAGUGAGUAGCAUCGCCUCCAUAAUAAAGACCUACGGAUGGAGAGAGGUGGUGCCUAUCUAUGUAAACAACAAUUAUGGUAGAGGUAUUAUACCAGAUCUUGCUAAUGUCCUUGAAGGAAUAGAUGCCCAUAUUCCUUAUCGCAGUGCUAUAGAUGAAUCAGCAACAGGCGAACAAAUUACCCAAGAACUCUACAAGCUGAUGACAAUGCACACAAGGGUUUUUGUUGUUCACAUGUCCUCCUCCUUGGGCUCCCUCUUGUUCACAAAAGCAAAGGAAAUUGGCAUGAUGAGCAAAGGAUUUGUUUGGAUCAUAACAGAUGGACUAGCAAGUCUUGUAGAUUCCCUAAAUCAUUCAGUCGUGGAAGCAAUGAAUGGUGCCUUGGGGGUUGUGUCCUAUGUUCCUAAGUCAACAGAACUUGACAAUUUCACCAUGAGAUGGUAUAUGAGAUCCCGAAAUGAUCAUCCCAAUGACCCAACAUUGAAAUUAAGCAUCUUUGGACUAUGGAGCUAUGAUACAAUCUGGGCAGUAGCACAAGCAGCAGAAAAGGCAAAGGUUACUGAAGAUAAAUUUGAAAGACCACCUGCAAUUGAAAACUACACAAGUUCAAAAACUUUAGAGAACUCAAGAAAUGGUCCAGCAGUCCUAAAGGAGAUUUUGCAAACCAAGUUUCAAGGUUUAAGUGGUUACUUUGACCUUACAGAUGGACAGCUGCAAAUUUCCAUGUUUCAGAUAAUAAAUGUAGUUGGAAAAGCACAUAGAGUAAUUGGGUUUUGGACUGCACAAAAUGGAAUUUCACAGCAAUCAGAUCAAAGGAGAUCAAAUACAACAUACUGGAGCACCACACCCACACGUAAUUUGAAGACCGUGAUUUGGCCAGGAGAAUCUACAGAGGUGCCCAGAGGGUGGGAAAUUCCAACAGACGGGAAGAAGCUUCAAGUUGGUAUAGUCAUAGGUGCAGGUUAUCCAAAAUACAUAGAUGCCAAUGAAGACUCCCUAACAGGUGAAAUUAAAGCAAGUGGACUUGCAAUCGAAAUAUUUGAAGAGGCAGUAAAGAGACUUCCUUAUGCACUCCCUUAUGAAUACGUAGUAUUUAACACCACAGAGAAUGUAAGUUCAAGCUACGAUGAUUUUGUCAACCAAGUUUACCUUAAGAAGUAUGACAUAGCAGUUGGAGACAUAACAAUUAGGUACAACAGAAGUUUGUACGUCGACUUCACUCUGCCUUACACUGAAUCAGGGGUAGCAAUGGUUGUUCCUGUCAAGGAAAGCGUGGACAAGAAUGCAUGGAUUUUCUUGAAGCCACUGACACCUGGCAUGUGGUUUGGGACUAUCAUACUCUUUAUCUACACAGGCAUUGUGAUAUGGUUGUUGGAGCUUCUAGGCAACAACAAGAAUGUUCAGGAAGAGAUGGUGAAACGCCUUACCUCUCGGAUAGUAUUGGUCAUAUGGCUGUUUUUCCUUGUGGUACUUAAGUCAAGCUACACUGCAAGCUUGACAUCCAUGCUAACUGUGCAACAGCUCCAACCAACUGUAACGAAUGUCGACGAACUCCUAAAAACCGGACAAUCCGUUGGGUAUGCGCGUGGUUCCUACAUCAAGGGUCUUUUGGAAGAACUCGGUUUUGAUGCAUCAAAGAUCAAGCCCUAUGACACCCCUGAAGGUUAUCACAAUGUACUUUCAAAGGGAAGCAAGAAUGGUGGUAUUGCUGCCCUUGUAGAUGAAAUCCCAUACAUCAAAUUAUUUCUCGCAGAGCAUUGCAUGGGAUACACCAUGGUCGGGCCAAUAUAUAAGACCGCAGGUUUUGGAUAUUUUUACAAAAGGGUUUCUCUUCUUUCUCAGGCAUUGAGGAAGGGAUCGCCCUUAGUCGGUGACAUCUCACAGGCAAUCCUCAACAUAACAGGUGGAGACACUAUCAUUCAAAUCGAGAAGAAAUGGAUAGGAGACCAAAACAACUGCCAAAAUGUGGGCACCAUAUCUGGCACAGGUAGCCUCACCUUUGACAACUUUGCAGGACCCAUCAUCGCUACUGGAGUUGCCUCGACCACUUCUCUUGUGGUUGCCUUGAUAGUCUAUUUCUGCAAAAAGAAACAAGUAGGACCUCAAAAUGGUGGCUCAGAACAAAUCUUGCCACCUGAAAAUGGUGGAGAUGAAGAAAGCCAGUGCCAACAAGCAGCCAGAGACAGAGGGAUGCAUGGACAAAGGUGA